UGCCACCUGUCUGAAGUAAAAUAUAACGUUAGUUUAACGUCGGCAAAACUGUCUUUUUCGUUUGAUUCAAAAGAACCACAGUUACCCCAGUCACCAUCAGCCUUCGUAUCUGACACUGGACUUACUGUCACGUGGAUAAAAGCACAAGCCGACGAACGGCCUGAUGAUUUGCCACUUUUUGGAAAAUUAGAGGAGGAUAAAAAAAGCAAACUCAACCUUAUCUUGUUCGAUGGUCCGGUAAUGAAAACGUUCAAGGUCCCAGUAGGAGCAAGAUCUUUCAAUCUCCCCGCCGACAACGUGAGGUGUGAUCCAAAAGUAUACAUCUUUACAGAAAGCUUGGGAGGAAUUUCCGAUGUUGCCCCGGUCGCUGUGACGUGGACUAAACGAAUUCCCGGGCCUAGCACAGUCAGCGUCAACAGCCUACAGAAUCGAAUCGGCGAACAACUGUUGUGGCAAUGGAGUCGCAGUGCAUCUGGAAUUGCAGACCAGUGCGGCGUUACAUUUGAAGUUCGACGACGUGAUCACCUCAACAUGGAAGACUUUUUCCUAGUGGAAGAAAACGAAAUCACUUUCACAGAUUUGUCUCCAGGGCUCACCUAUUCGUUCAGUGUUCGGGUGAUGGUCAAUUCCAACCCAGAUACCGGAGAGUUCUCGUCACCCGUAACGAAAGCUCUGGAAGCACAAAUCCGAACACCCCUGCCACCAGUCAUCAGAGCCAGCAAUAAUGUUUGGAACGUAAACUGGGAGAGCCAAUUCAAAACCAACACGGUUUCAGAACUGGUUCAUGUGAUACUUAUUCACGGACAUGAGAUGAAGGCUAUUUGGAAACCACUCAGAGAACUUUCUCACCAAUUCCCCAGCCAGGAACCCCACCGGGGUGCACAUUUCUUCUUGGCAAUAAAAAAUGUGGUCGAUAGUUCGGACUAUGCGCACGUGAAAGUCACGGAAAAUUCCCUCUUUUCAGUUGAACCAACUCAAGAGGGCUUCCAUAUUCUCAGUAUGGAAAACAACUUUGGCCAUCACAUCACUUGGUCCAUCAGUGGGACCAGUGAAAAAUCCCCCUGCCAAGAUAACCAUUUUCGUCUGAUCAGACGAAAAAUGACCGGUUUCGCACCACCCGAGUUGUACACCGUUCCAUCAAAAGAACUCCUUUUAUUUGACCUUGAACCUGGAAUGUUUUACAGUUACAAAGUUCAACGUUACGCGAACGCUAUGGAUUACGAAGCGUUCACGGAUCAGCUGGUCGUCGAAACGCCGCGUGUGGUUGACCUAACUACCCCAUCACUCUCCACUCAAUUCCGGCUGAGCCCUUCUGGAUCUCCAGAAGCCGCUGCGGCAAGGGUGUCUCACAAGCGAGAAGUUGAUCGAUGUCUGUGUGUCCCAGCGACUGUUGCUCUGACACCAUCAAAGGAAAGUUUCAUGACGCUUAAAAUGCUCCCAAUUCCAACCAAGGUAAAGGUGAUUGCUCACACACAGAAAUUGGCGCACAUAUUGACUUGGGAUGUUGAACCCUUUGGGAUCGGAACUUGUUCGAAAAUAUCGUUUAACAUCACACAAAAGGCGACCUAUGGUAACGAUGAAUCAGAAGAGUUUUACUACGUUACCGAAGCAAGACAGCUGACAGUUGAUGAAUUGAAACCCAAUACUCUCUAUGAGUACAGGGUACAAACCAUUUUGGGAGGGCGAUUCGCCGGGAAUUUCUCCGCCCCUGAAAAAAUACUCACACCAAAAGCACCGACGAUUCUCAUGCUUCCGACAAGCAAGUGUCGCAAAACGCGCCUACGUGUCAGUUGGGAAACGCAAGACAAUACUGACAAGAAAUUGGAGGAAGCACUUGUCAUGGUUUUCGAAGGAGAAUCUGUUAAGGUGCAUAGCGUAAAUUAUGAGGAAGGUAAUAUCAGUAUUCCAGUUCCUUCGUGUGGAUCUGUCCAGAAUGUUUACUUCGGUGCGCGCAAUAUCAUCGGGGCAUCCAAUAUCGUACCGGUGACUCCUGGAUGGUUGGACAAACGU